AUGUAUGCAGACGAUGUCAAACUUUACAAUACCAGCACCAACAAUUCGCUUUUGAUACAGGACCUUGCCGCUAUUCUUAAAUGGUCUCAUGACUGGCUUCUGCCUCUUAAUAUUAAAAAAUGCAGCGUCCUGUAUAUUGGAAAACACAAUCCCAAGUUCACGUACAGCAUUGGUGGCGUACAAUUGGAGAAAAAGGAUUAUUGUCAGGACCUGGGGGUAACCAUCAGUUCAGAUCUCUCUUGGUCGCAACACAUCAUACGUGUUGUUAAAAAAGCUAAUUCUGUGCUGUAUCUUUUAAGCAAGGCUUUCUGCAAACCCAGUUACUCCACGUUUGUUAAACUUUAUAAAAGUUUCGUGAGGCCCAUCCUUGAGUUUGCCAACGCUGUCUGGACCCCCAUUCUACAACGAGACUUACUUCUGCUGGAAUCUGUACAACGAAGAGCAACAAGAGUCCCGUUUGGUAGAACACGUCCUCAAUAUUCCGAACGGCUGUCACUUAUGAAUUUGACCAGUUUGACUCAAAGGCGCCUGAGAGGCGACUUAAUUGUCACCUUCCAGGCGUUGACGAAUCAGCUGUCUCCAAUUUGGCACCUAUUCACUCUAAAUACCGACCAAAGAACCCGAGGGCACCGUUUUAAAUUGCUUCGAGAGGUUCUUAGAACUACAAUCCGACAGUUCUUUAUCUCCAACAGAGUCUUUCAUCACUGGAACUCUUUACGCGACGAAACAGUGAGCAGUCCUUCCGUCAUUAGUUUUAAAAUUAGAUAUGAUACUCUAGAUGUCGCUAGUACUUAG